CGUCUCUCUCUCAAUCAUUUCAUUUCUACCCUUAUUAUUUUCUCUCUCAUCAAAGUACUGUUCUCUCUAAUCUAUUUCCUCCUUCACUUCACUUCCUUCCCCCCCCCCCUUCGUCGGCGGGAUCCCCACCUUCGUACCCCUCUCAUCUUUUCUUAUUACUAAUUCUCUAUUUUGGGCCCCAAGUUUCUGUUUCUAAUAAAAAAUUUAGAAUUCUUUCGCCUUUUAUAAUAUUUUCAAACUUAAUUAUUUAAAAAUUUCUCCCAUGUCGGCGAUAGAUGGAACAACUACUAACGGCGGAGGCGUAGUCGUCACCGGACUUCUUGAACAACCACAACCACAGCAAAGACAGUCUCCGGCAACAACGACAGCGUUGACAACCACAACUACUACAACUGCUUUAGCAGUCAAGAAACCUCCGGCUAAAGACCGUCACAGUAAAGUUGACGGAAGGGGAAGAAGGAUAAGGAUGCCAAUUAUUUGCGCCGCACGUGUUUUCCAGCUCACACGUGAGUUGGGCCACAAAUCCGACGGUCAAACUAUUGAGUGGCUUCUCCGACAAGCCGAGCCGUCGAUUAUAGCCGCCACUGGAACUGGAACCACUCCCGCUUCUUUCUCCACGUCGUCACCUCACUCGUUGUCGUCUCAGCACCAUCUCCGUACAGUUGGUCUUCUCGAAAGCAAGCCUUCGCAGUCAUUGUUACCUUCUCCGACGCCGUUUUUGUUGGGGAAGAGAUUGAGGACUACAGCGGAGGAGAAUGAACAAAAUGGAGUGGAGAAAGUAGAUGUUGCUACAACUGCUACAAUUGGGCCUACCGCGGGUUAUUGGGCUAUUCCUGCUCGGCCUGAUUUCUGGAGUUUUGGGCCUGAAAUGGUUGUGGGUCCUACUUCUUCUCUUAGCCAACAAGCAGCGGCUAUAGCUGCUGGGAGGUUUUUAACUACUCAUCACCAGCAACAAGAGCAACAACAACAGCAACAGCAGCAGCAGCAGCAGCAACAACAAGUUGGGGUGUUAGGGGAAGGUUCUAGAGUUGGGAAUUAUUUGCCGAUCCACCAAGGUCAUCAUCUUAAUCUAUUGGCUUCGUUAUCGGGUGCUCCUGCAACGGGUACGAGUGCGGGUGGGUCAUCUGAUGGACGGAGAGACGAUGAUCCUCGUUGAAUUGGGUGUGUGCUUUUAUAUUUAUUUGUUAUUGUAAGUAUGAAAAAAAUGUGAAUUUGUUGUUUCUUCUUCUUUUGUGUGGGAGAUUGAGAGCAGAAUUAUUAGUUAAUUUUGAAUUGUGAUAAAAACUGUUUAGUGAGUGUGAUUAUGUUCGUUCUUUCUCAAAGGGGAGGAAAGAACAAUUAGUAGGAGUUUGGUGUUGGAUUGAUGACACUGAUUUUGAUUUUUGAUGUUUAGAGUUUUUAGGUUUUAGGAAUUCUGUUCCCUUGUUUUCAAUGGGUGGUUUUUUUCACUGCUCUGCUGUGCUCUUCCCUUCUGUUGGGUAAUGGAAGGAAGAAAAUAUGGACGAGGAAGAAACACAGAUUGUAAUUUUUCGCGGAGUUUUUGUGAGAUAAACCUCAUGGGAAGGUUUAUUUUCUCAUUAAUCAUAAAUGUGAAUUGUCAAGUUGUAAUCUUUUGAUUAAUUCUUGCACCACCAACUUAGUUUGUGAAUUGUAUUUGGUGUGUCGAUUUAACAAUUUAAUUUUAAUAAAAUGAAAGAAUUGACUUGAUUGUCAAAAAUGUGUAUCAUUUAGUUAUUGCCUUAUUUGGGCUUCCUUGUGUAUCAUCUGUAUGCUAAUUUGUUUUGUUACCCAAUUUCAUUGAUAAUUCAAAUACACUAAUUUGCAGAAAAAUGAUGUACUUCUACUUUGUGAAUUUGAUUGGCUGGCUUUUUGUUUGGUGUGUUAAAAAUAAAGGAACUCAACUUUAAUCUUGUGCUGUACUUGUUUUUUGUAUUGGUUUUUUGUUGCAACGUUUAAUGUUUUGUUUCGUCAAUGUUAUCUAAAAUGAGCUGUUUUGGAAAAAGGCUGUCGUCUCGUCAUUCUUAGACUUCCUUCCGAAACCAUGUAGUAAUUCUAAAUGCUGUAAAAAGUUCAAAACUUAAGGACAUAUUCUUUAUUGCUGGAAGAGGACAGAGGGUGUUGGUAAGAUAUACUUCUAUUGCAAUUUCCUUCUUGUUAGUAUUGAAUUGGGAGCUGCUUAGAUGGUGAAGAGUAUUUUGAAGUUGCUUAUAGUGGCCUUCCUCAUUAGCUGUUCCUGUCAUGUUCAGAUAUUCAAUGACUUUUGUUCCUGCUGGGGUUUUUUUGUGGUUCUUGUCAUUCUGAAAAUGACUCUCCUUUUCUUUCCACUUUUAUGCUUCCUCACUUUCUGUAGCACCUUGCAUAUCCCGACACCGCCCUUCAAUCUCCAACUCCCACCAUGCUGCAACCACCCUUAAAUUAGUCAAGCACUGGUUUUCCUUAUGAUUUAUUCAAUCAAUUUAACUCUUGUUCUAAACCAUUGUUUUUUUUUUUUGCAAGGCUUUUCAUGCUUAAGUCUCAUCCUUGGUUAUUUAUGUAGACUUAGUCAGAGACGGGAACAGUAACAAGAGGGGGUGAAUUGUUGUUGUUACGAGUUUAAGCAUUUUUGUCCUGUUUUUGCAGAAUUAAAUAAAAUAAAUAAAGCUUGAAAACUCAAGAGGUCCAAGAAUUUAUGUGUUGUGUGGAAGGAGUAUAAAUUAGCAUUGACUUAUCGCGUAGGAAUAUAGCAUUAUUAGCCAAGAGUCAAGAUUUUAGGAUUUGUUUAAAACAAAUAAUUACUGCUUUAUAUUAUGAUGUGACCAAAUCCCUGGUGAAUCAUUUUAGUGGCUGCUAAUUGCUAAUCUCAUGCUCCCUUAAUCCUUUUUAGUUGUCCUUUUUUAUUUUGAAUUUUCAUUUUAAAGACGUACAUAUAUAGGUGGUUAUUUUAUUUUCUUAAUAUUAAAAUAUCCAAUAUUGUACAUGGAUUUAAUAUUUUAGGUGAUUUCCUCCAAUUUUUUAAUAUUAAAAAUAUUUAAUAUUGCAUAUGAGUCUACUGCUUUAGAUGCUCUCUCUUAAUAUUUGUGCCCAAACCUAUUCAUAGU